AAGUCCUCUGAAGGAUGGUUUUUGCCCACUGCAGCAUGAGAAGGAAAAGCGAAAUGGAGACCUGGAGGCAGCCUGAAAUAUCCAGAGACAGGAGCUUGUGACAUCCUCUUCCAUUCCCGAGAGAAAUUUCGUAUACCCCAGUUGUGCCUCCUUCACACAGAAUCUCGGAAGUCAGAUUUCAAAGGAACAGCCUUGCACUCUUCCAGCUGUCGUAUAAAGCAAUUGGGGGCCAGCUGGAUGUCAGGAUGCAAGUGGUUACUAUUAUAAUAUUACUUUUCUUCAGUCAAGCAGCUGAUUUCAGGAAAGCAAGAAAUGGAAAUUCGAGGAAGAAAGGAAAUAGCGCGAGGAUGGGCCGCGUAGGAAAAGCAUCUGGCCUAGUGAAGCGCUUUACCCCAAACCCUCCGUGCGACAUCUACACUUACCAGUUUGAGAAAUAUUUAGAUUGUCAAGGAAGGAAACUGACUUUUGUCCUGCCCGAGUGGCCGGACGAUUUAAAGCACAUGCUGUUAGCUCAAAACUCAUUCCGUAAACUGAAGAGCAACAUGUUCUCCAAAUUCCAAAAACUGAAAAGCCUCGACUUGCAACAGAACCAGAUAUCGAAAAUCGAGGAUCAGGCGUUCUGGGGUUUGAACAAACUCACCACGCUGUUGCUACAGCACAACAAACUCAAGGUUUUGUCGGAGGAGGUGUUCAUCUACAUGCCCCUCUUGAGUUACUUGCGUCUGUACGACAACCCCUGGCACUGCGACUGUCAGAUGGAAUCGCUCGUCACGACGCUGCAGCUUCCAAGGAACAGGAACUUGGCGAAUUACGCCAAGUGCGUCCAACCGGAAGAAGUGAAAGGCCGAAAGCUCAAGGAGAUACAAGUCGAACAGUUCUGCGGUGGCGACAAAGCAGAUUUACCCCCAGCGCCCAAACCUGAAAUUGCCAGGCCUGAAUUUGACUCUUCGCUUUGUCACACGUAUGUGUUUCCGGUAAAAACCCUGGACUGCCGGAAGAAAGCUGCUUUUGCAGGCCUCAUCAACCUGGAAGAAUUAGACCUCUCAAACAAUUUCCUACAAAAUAUUGAAUAUGGCGUCCUGGAACAUCUGUACUUUUUGAAAAUACUGCGGCUUAAAGACAACCCUUGGAGAUGCGACUAUAACAUCCAUUAUCUUUUCUACUGGCUGAACCAUCACUACAACGUCCACUACAAUGGCCUAGAAUGCCGAAAACCUGAAGAAUAUAAAGGAUGGCCGGUUAGAAAGUACGUCAAAAGUUAUUUUGAGGAAUGUCCCAAAGACAGGCUACCGAUUUAUCCCGACGUGUUUGAGGAAAACGAAACAGAAGAACCGACUCCAAAACAUUCGGUCAUUGUCAGAGUAAUAGAUUAA